AUGGCGAUUCGUCUUAUAGAUACUCGUACUCUUUGUCUGGUAUCCAUUCCUAGAGAGGAUACCCCAAGAUACGCCAUCUUGUCCCAUACUUGGGACAAUGACAACGAAAUCUCGUUCCAAGAAAUGAUGGCUAUCAAUGAUGAUCCACACCAUCCGGCGACAGAUAAGACUGGUUACCUGAAGAUUGUCGGGACCUGCCAGAUGGCUAAGAAUCAUGGGAUACCUUAUGCCUGGGUCGAUAAUUGUUGCAUCGAUAAGACGAGCAGCUCCGAUCUAGGCGAGGCGAUUAAUAGCAUGUAUCGUUGGUAUCAAGAAGCUGAGGUCUGCUAUGCUUUGCUUUCCGAUUUCGACACAGACGAUACCCUCGAGAUAGCUCUGCCCAAGUGCAGAUGGUUUACAAGGGGUUGGUGCUUGCAAGGGCUUAUCGCGCCGAAGACGCUACUCUUCCUCGAUUCUCAAUGGAAUCGCAUCGGUUCAAAGGCGGACUUGACAUCCCUCGUCUCCAAGAUCACCCUGGUAGACGAGGAGAUUUUGAUUGAUAGGGAUUUGGUUAGUUCUGUGCCAGUGGCACGGAGGAUGUCUUGGGCUGCAAAGCGUAUGACAACGAGAGAGGAGGACAUAGCAUAUUGUCUGCUGGGUAUCUUUGACGUUAACAUGCCGAUACUUUACGGUGAAGGCCCUAAAGCUUUUCAACGACUCCAGGAGGAGAUAAUUAAAGCAUCUAACGAUCUUUCAAUAUUUGCCUUCGACGAGUCCCCAAGCAGGAAUGUUGCAUACUUUGAUAGUAAAACACAUCUCUACUGUAGUCUAUUUGCUACCUCGCCUAGGGAUUUUGAAGGCUGUGGCAACCUGGAAUAUACGCGAAACGACGUGCACUGGAACAAUGCGUUUGCAUUAACAAAUAAGGGGCUUCACUUUCGCCGAGCCGAGAUGCAAAUUGAUUUCCGACAUGGUCUAUAUAAUAUGCCUUUGAACUGUAAGCCUCUGGGGGGUAAAUUAGCUCUGAUGCACCUUCGAAAGGUUGGUACCGGCCUUUAUGCUAGGUGUAAUGCGGAUGCCGACUGGUAUAAUGACGAGGAGUCCUUCACAGAGAUAGAAAAUGAUGUAUAUAUCAUCAGGACUAUAACACCUUCAGUACGGCUUCAGCUUGAGGAGGCAGAAAAGUAUGCAAUUAGGGUGCAAUCACGCACUCACAAUCUGCUUGGAGGGCUACAGGUAAUUCUGCGCUCUAUAACGAGCGAUCGCUGGGAUGCGUCCCGAAGUCUUUUCCUUACCAGAGGUGACAAGUCUUUUGGGGGGUUUUGGAAGGUGUUUCCUAGCCUCGCACGAAAGAUCCAGAAAAGCGAGGGGCCACAGCCGCUUCCUUCAGGUCAUUUCUACUUAGUGUGUAGACUUCAUUAUCCAAGUGAAUACCCAAGUCCUCGUGCUUGGAUCCGCCUUUAUGCGUAUGAAGAGUGGGCUAAAGAGUGGGCGGACUUGGGAAAUAAAUUCACGAAGCUCGCCAAUAUUGAAACCCUGUCUACUGAAAAUACUGAAAAUACUGCUGCUGAACUCGUAUUCGGUACAGGCUCGAGCAGGUUGCUAGUCACUGCUACCAUUCAGUUGAAAAUGAAUAUGGGUUGUCCAUAUUUCGAGCUAGAACUUAAUAUGACAGAGAAUCCGCAAUAA